UCGAUAUUCAUCGAUUUUGAAUUUUAUUCAUUUUUUGAAGUGAUUUUGCUAGAUUUUUUAGAAUUUUUGUCUUGAAACAUAUAUUUCGACGUCUGUAAAAACAUUGAUUUACUGACUGUAACAUUUAAAAAUAGUCGAAACUUCAGUUGUUUUGCCGAUGACUCAGGAAACAGCUUUCGCGUCUAGUUCUAAAGUACGGUAUUUUGUUCAGUUUCCCGUUUUGCACUGAUAAAACAGUUUAAUCAUGUUUUAAUCUUUCAAAUUUUAAUAGAAAAUUACGCGUAAUCCUGUUUAAUAUAUCGUCGGGAGAAAAACCGAGUGCCCCCUUUUAAGUGAAAUUUCAAAAUGUUGCGAAAUUACGAUAUAUCUUUUAUGAAAACUUUCAUCAUGCUUUUGAACAUUUAUUUGAUUGAACUUUACGCCUCCUCGUAAUUGCAUUUUUUUUACUUUGUUGAUUCUUACUCAAAAUUUAUAUUUCAACAAGAACCGCUGGAAAAGCUCAAACGCGCAUCAGUUACAAGAAUGAUUUGACUCUCAACAAUACUCAGCUUUUACAACAAUUCUUCAAGUAGGAUCCCGAACAACUACUGACUCUCGGAGUUUGGCUGAAGGCCCUGGCAAGGCGAUGUGGAGUUGAAGAUGUAUCAAAUGGAUCCCUAACUUCAUAUGCUUGGAUUGUGAUGCUUAUUCACUAUCUUCAACAAGUCGAACUGACUCUCGUGUUGACAAAUGAUCCGUUUGAGGCGGAUCAUUAUUUGGCACAAAGAGUGGAUCUGUCAGUAUACGAAUACAUUCAAUCGUGUAUGGAACACUCGAAGAAAGUAUUCACGGAUCGCCGCAUGCGUUCAGAGUCAUCUCCCACCACCCAUCUCCAACCACACCGGAUCAUGGUGCUUUCGAGGAAUCGCUACGAGUCAAUUGGAUUACGUGGUAAAUUUUUUAAAAAUCAAAAAAAAUGCUAUUCGAAAAAUUGUAACCAUAAAAAAAUUUCCGAGGCUUUUCUUGCAAAAUCUGUCACAAAUCUAGCAUACCAAUAUUGAAUUCGAGGUUUUAAACAUUGCCUUCGAAUUUGUGUUUUUCUUCUACUUUUGAAAUUGCUCCAUCUCUAAAAAUUAUUAACACUUUUUAAAACUAUUUUUUCCCUUUUUCCGUUUCAAAUAAAUUUUUUUCGAUUU